UCAGUCAUGUGACAAAGUUGAGAAUGUUUUUAAAGACAGAUACAUGUUUUGUCUACUUGUCUGCAGUAAAAUAAAUGCUAGAAUGGAAGCCGCUGGUGUCUGCAUUUUCAGCCUGAUAGGCUGGCGUCCUCCAGAUGCAGCAGCAGCUGCAGAAAAAAGAUGUGCAUAAAAGUGGGCGUAAAAUAGUGCAGCCUCCGUGAGUUAGAGUUCAGUUAGGACUGGAUGUUACCAGGUCACAUACGUUUUAAAUAGCAUUCACUUCACCAUAACACAUUGCCCUGCUACAUUCAGGCUCACACACACACACACUUCAGAGAAGCUGCGCGAGAGAGCGCCGCAGUCGUUGCGUCAGAAGACACGUAACGGGACGGCCUGAGUCUGACCGGAGGAGACGGACAGAGCGGAGACAGAGAGACAGCAGGAACAUCUCACCGGACACUGAUACUUCCUGCAAAGACAAGGCCUGAAACUAUUGAUUCCUGCAGUGUUGACACAGAAGACCAAAUAUAGAAAUGGUGUUCAGAGGCACAACAACUGAUGCUCCGGACUUUGAUCCAGUUGCUGAUGCCGAGACCCUUUACAAUGCCAUGAAAGGCAUCGGUAGUGAUAAAGAGGCCAUACUGGACCUGGUCACCUCAAGAAGCAAUGCACAGAGGCAGGACAUCAUUGCAGCGUACAAAACCAGUUUUGGACAGGACCUGAUUGAGGAUCUGAAGUAUGAGCUGACGGGCAAAUUUGAGCGUCUCAUUGUCAGUCUGAUGAGAACCCCAGCCUACCUUGAUGCCAAAGAAAUCCAUGAUGCAGUCAAAGGAGUUGGAACAAACGAGAGAUGCCUUAUUGAAAUCCUGGCAUCUAGAAACAACAAACAGAUACGUGAAAUGGUUGCAGCAUACAAGGAAGCCUAUGGCAGAGACAUGGAGGAGGACAUAACCGCAGACACUUCAGGUCACUUUAAGAAGAUGCUGGUUGUUUUACUUCAGGGGACCAGAGAUGAGUCAGGAGUGGUGGACGCAGACCUGGUGGAGCAGGAUGCACAAGAGCUGUAUGCAGCUGGAGAAGAGAUGUGGGGGACAGACGAGGCCAAAUUCAUCAUGAUCCUGGGAAACCGCAGUGUGACCCACCUCCACAUGGUUUUCGAUGAAUACGAGAAGAUUGCAGAGAUGUCCAUAGAGGACAGCAUAAAGAAUGAGCUGUCUGGGGACUUUGAGAGGCUGAUGCUGGCCGUUGUCCAGUGCAUAAGGAGUGUUCCCAUGUUCUUUGCCAGGCGCCUUUACAAGUCAAUGAAGGGACUCGGUACAGCUGACAACACCCUGAUCAGGAUCAUGAUUUCUCGCUCUGAAAUAGACAUGUUGGACAUUCGAGAGUGUUUCCGUUUAAGAUAUGAGAAGUCUCUUCAUAACAUGAUUAAGGACGACACAUCAGGGGAUUACAAGAAGACUCUGCUUAAUCUGUGUGGAGGAGAUGAUGACUUAGCUGGAGAGUUCUUCCCUGAAGCUGCUCAGAUAGCCUACAAGAUGUGGGAAUCAAGUGCCAUGACCAAAGUCCAGCUAAGGCCAACACUCCGCCCUGCACCCAAUUUUGACCCUGCUGCUGAUGCACAAGCACUGAGGAAAGCUAUGAAGGGAUUCGGAACAGAUGAAGAUACAAUUAUUGACAUUGUUGCGCAGAGAAGCAAUGCUCAGAGGCAAGAGAUCAGACAGACCUUCAAAUCCCUCCUGGGAAGGGAUCUGAUGAAGGACCUGAAGUCUGAACUGUCAAAGAACUUAGAGAGGCUGAUCAUUGGGCUCAUGUUGACCCCCGCAGAGUUUGAUGCCAAAAUGAUGAGGAAGGCAAUGGAGGGGGCCGGGACAGAUGAACAUGCUCUGAUCGAGAUCCUGGUCACCAGGAGCAAUGAGGAAAUACAUGCCAUGAACGCUGCUUAUCAGCACGCCUAUAAGAAGUCUCUGGAGGAAGCCAUUCAGUCAGACACAUCAGGCCUCUUCUGCCGCAUCCUUGUUUCUCUUGUGCAGGGUGCAAGAGAGGAGGGCCCUGCAGAUGUGGAAAGAGCCAGUGCAGAUGCUCAGGAACUUGCCGAUGCAUGCAAUGCAGAGUCUGAUGACAUGGAGAUGAAGUUCAUGAGUGUUCUGUGCACCAGAAGCUUCCCCCAUCUUAGAAAAGUAUUCCAGGAGUUUGUCAGAUACACCAACAAGGACAUUGAACAGAUUAUCAAGAAAGAGAUGUCAGGAGAUGUCAAAAAUGCCUUUUAUGCAAUAAUUUGCAGUGUAAAGAACCAACCCUCUUAUUUUGCAGACCGUUUGUACAAAGCCAUGAAGGGCCUUGGUACAGACGACAGAGCGCUGAUCCGCAUCAUGGUGUCCCGUUGCGAGGUUGACCUUUUCAACAUUCGUAAAGAGUUCAAGGAAACGCAUGAUGUCUCCCUCCAUGAAUUCAUCCAGGUAGAAACUAUGAUUGGUGAUACCUCAGGAGACUACCGUAAAACCCUGCUGAUGCUCUGUGGAGGAGAAGAUUAAACUUGUCACAGCUCUGCAGCUCCGUUCACAGACUUCAGUGAAAAACCAUGAGAGAAGCAUGAUCACAGAGUGAAACUGUGGUGGUUAACGUCAGUAUCUAUUGUCAGUGUCCCUAAACUGCUGCCACUCCUCAGCCAAACCACCUGACCUAUGACCUCCCAGCCUUCCAAGCCAGUUUUCUGCUUUCCUGUCUGAUCGCCCUGUCCCAUCAGGAUGAUGUCUUUCUUUUUUUAUAUCAUAUGUAACAUGAAGAUGUUUAUGUUGGUGUGGAAAGGUGCUUCACAUGUGCUGCAUAUUGGAAAUUAGAAAGUCAAAUAGUGCCUUCAGAUUGCAGGCUGUCCAAUGAUUACUGUGAUUUUAAGGUGUCAUAUAGACCUGAAUAAAAUGGUUAAAGAUACCAAAAAAA